AUGAAUCAAAACGAGAUGCAUCCAUUCGGGUUUGAUUACCACUCUCAUCGACGGGAAUCUCUCUACAAAGGGGGAAAGUCUUUUGCUGUGAUUGACGGCAAGGAGGAGCUGCGCAGACUGUGGGUAAACGUGAACCAGAAUCAUUUGAACCCAAAAGAAAAUGAGAACUUUCUAGUUCACCUUCCAAGCUUGAUUUGUACCUUGCCUCAGCUUGACGAAGUCAACUUCGACUGCUCCUUGGUUUCGAUUUCGGUUGAUUUGCAUGUGUUGCCAGGCCUCCGUCAAUCUGUUCGGAAUGCCAUCGCUACGAGGCCGAAGCUCAACAGAAUUCAUUGCUGGCUCUCGGACCCAGUUCAUGCUGAGCCGCUUGCAGUGUUCAUUCUCCAGUGCAAAAACAUUCAACAUCUCAGCAUUGAUCAAAAAUUUCGCAUUCAUGACAAAACCAAUCCAAAGACCUACAAGUAUUUGGAACCUAUCAAGCGGGCGAUUCGAGAUCAUCCAACGCUCAAAAGCUUCGUUUUACAUGGACACGAAUAUCUUCCACAUGUCCCCUCGAUUCAACGACAGUGCUCCUGGGAUCUGCUAAAGUUGAUCUUGGAGCUACCAAACAUCGAAGAAAUGGAAUUCAAGAACCUCAGGUUCGAUGAAGCUGACUACCCGCUCAUCACAGCUGCUGUUGAGGCACACGACAACAUGAAGACUUUUGGAAUAAUAGAGACUAAGGAGAUGGGAAUGCAAGAAGUAGGAUUCUUUGCUGAUCAUCUUCGUGAUCGCAUAAUCAACAAACUGGCCAUCAAUCGGGCGAAAGCCAUGCUCGGAGACAAUCCCACCUUUCAAAAUUGGGAGGCGACCUUGACGGCCUUCUGCCAUUACCCAGCUGUUGAUCACCUUCUUUACAAGGGGGUUCUUGGUGGUGGUGGUUUGUGGGCUGACGCUGCCUUUGACCUUUUGAAGGCUCGAGAAAAGAAACGGCAGGAGGAAGGAGAGUUGGGAAAGGAAAUCCAAUGGCACAAUCGGAAAGAAAUCCACAAACGCGUCAAUCUUUCGCGUACGCCGUAUCCCCGUGUAAAUAUUGAUCCUGCUACCGGGAAGUUGUCCUUUCCCUUGUACUAG